CGCUCUCUCGCUACGACACGAGGCACCGACCGAGUGAGACAUCCUUCUCGAGAGACAACGCAGAGGGACAGAGACGACGGGCAGAGAGACACGACCCCUUCACACACACACGUACACAAAUCUACGCAGAAUCAAAGUCUCCGUCGUUGCAUUACCACACGGGGAAAAUAAUCGCGUAUACACGUCCAUUGCAUUCAUUUCACGGUGCAUUGUACCGCUGUGGUGAGUGUGCGAACGUAUAGACAAGUAUUAUACAUUCAGACAAUCAACAACAGCAAGACUACCCACCACCACCAGCAGCAGCAGCAGGAGCACCAUCACCAACAUUGACAGCAUCAGCAGCACUCUCAGCAUCAGCAGCAAAAGCAGGCGCAGGCUGUAGCCCGGGUGAGGAGGCGAACUCGGCGUCAGAGAGGGGCGAACAGCAGCGGCAGCAGGAGGAGAGGAGGCGAUGUCUGGAGGCGCGGAGGUGCCGGGCGGGGACGCGGCGCAGGCGGGGCUGGCGGGACUCCUCGCCUCGCUUCCCGGGGUCCCACCGAGUCCCGUGCGGGACUUGCGCGCGCGGUACACCAAGAUCUUCAUCGGAAACGAGUGGCGUGACUCCAUCAGCGGCAGGACCUUCCCGACCUUCGACCCCGCGAGCGGGGAGAAGCUCUGUGACGUGCAGGAGGGAGACCAGGAGGACGUGAACGUCGCGGUGGUGGCGGCGCGGGAGGCGUUUGUGCUGGGCUCCCCAUGGAGGCGCAUGGACGCGUCGGACCGCGGGGUGCUGCUGUCGCGCCUCGCCGACCUGGUGGAGCGGGAGCGCACCACGCUCGCCACUCUGGAGUCGAUGGACUCGGGAAAGCCCUUCCUGCCGGCGUUCUUCGUGGACGUGACCGGGGCCGUCAAGACGCUGCGCUAUUUCGCCGGCUGGUGCGACAAGAUCCAGGGGCGCACCAUUCCCGUGGAUGGCGAAUACUUCACAUUCACACGGCACGAGCCCAUCGGGGUGUGUGGACAGAUCAUCCCGUGGAACUUCCCGCUGCUCAUGUUCAUUUGGAAGAUUGCACCGGCCCUGAGCUGCGGGAACACUGUGGUCGUGAAGCCAGCCGAGCAGACGCCGCUCACCGCCCUCCACGUGGGAGCGCUCAUUGCCGAGGCCGGGUUUCCGCCGGGCGUCGUUAACAUCGUGCCGGGAUUUGGCCCCACUGCCGGGGCAGCGAUUGUGCAGCACCCAGACAUCGACAAGAUCGCGUUCACCGGCUCCACCGAGGUGGGGAAGUUGAUCCAGGAGGAGGCCGGCAAGAGUAACCUGAAGCGCGUGACACUGGAGCUCGGCGGGAAGAGCCCCAUCAUCGUGUUCGCCGACGCCGACCUGGACGUGGCGGUGGAGCAGGCGCACCAGGGGGUGUUCUGGAACCAGGGCCAGUGCUGCACGGCGGGGUCUCGCGUCUACGUGGAGGGCCCCGUCUACGACGAGUUCGUGCGGCGCAGCGCGCAGCGGGCACGCGUGCGCCGCGUCGGCCACCCCUUCUGCCCGAGUACUGAGCACGGGCCGCAGAUUGACGAGAAGCAGCGCUCCAAGAUCCUGGAGCUGGUGCAGAGCGCGCUGGAGGAGGGGGCGCACUUGGAGUGCGGCGGCGUGGCCUGCGAAGGACGAGGCUUCUACGUGCAGCCCACGGUGUUCUCCGACGUGCCCGACAGCGCGCGCAUCACUCGCGAGGAGAUCUUCGGGCCCGUGCAGCUGAUCAUGAGGUUCGACUCGCUGGAGGACGUGGUCGCUCGCGCCAACGCUUCCCCGUACGGCCUGGUGGGCGCCGUGUUCACGCGCGACCUGGAGCGCGCCCUCGCCGUCUCGGCCGCGAUGCAGGCCGGCACCGUCUGGAUCAACUGCUACAAUGCCAUGAAUGCGCAGAGCCCAUUUGGAGGCUACAAGAUGUCUGGGAAUGGCCGUGAAAUGGGCGAGUACGGCCUGCAGGAGUACACCGAAGUGAAGACGGUCACGAUCAAGAUUUCUCAGAAAAACUCGUGAAGACGUCGUUGAUUUUCCCUUCGUUGUUUUCCUCAUCACUAUUAUCGUUUAUCAUUAUUAUUAUCAUCAUCAUCACCAUCGUCGUCGUCAUCGUUAUUAUUCACAAGCGCUUUGAAAGUACACGAAACGAAUUAAAUAAAAGGAGUCGAUGUGGAGCACGAGGCAUUGCAAGAUUAUUCUACAAAUAUCUCUCUGCACCCCCCCCUCUCUUGUGCGAGGGAUGCCUUGAGCCUAGGAGUACAGUACAACGCAGGGCUUAACGGGCACGACUGUUUUCUGGGAGCGUCGUUCACGCGAGUGACCGGUCUUUGCUGUUGUCUAACCCGUACACCUGGAGAGGUCAUUGGUUCAUUGCGGAGAGAGAAACAACGAAACGAUUGUGCUGAUGCAAUUCACCUCGCAUAGUUGUUAUAAAAAAAAAAACCUCAAGAGGUCAGAAUGAUAUUUUUUUAUUACAAAAAUAAAGCAUUUGGAUAACUCUAGCGGGUGUGAGACGACUCGUGUAAAAAUGCGCGCGUUUUGUUACAAACGUGUUCAUUGGGGCCGUGGCUUUUGACAGCCAAUGAUGUGUCUGGCAUUGCAUUAGAAUGAUUUAUAUCCCUUUGGCAAUCCACCGCUGGAUGAAGGCCUCCCCAUUGCAUUCAUCACCAUCAGCCAUCAUCAAUCCACUGCUGGAUGAAGCCCUCAUUGCAUUCAUCAUCAUCAUCAGGCAUGAUAAAUCCACUACUGCUGGAUGAAAGCCUUCCCAUUACAUUAUCAUGUUAAUAUUCCCCAAUAUAUUUGAGGUACAGACACAUUCGCUGGGAAGACAUUGGCCCGGUUUUGGUAAAACCACCCUGACGCUUCGAUUUGUCUUUCCUGCACAAACAUUAGUACAAAAACGGGCCUUUUUCACAAGUCCCGCAAGGUCAAAACAAAACUCCAACGCAAUAAUAACGUCUGUACCUUCGAUUUCAACGUUUAAUUGUACAGCGUUUUGUUCUUACCCAGUCUCGUUAACACCCUCCCCCCUCGUGCGUUACCAGUACGCGCGUAUGCACGCGUGUCAGAGGAGCGACGCUCACAACAACGAGCAGAGCGCCGAGUGGCUAAAGCACAGCAAGUUGGCACAGGAGGGGGACACGGGUGGUGCAUGGGCCACUCAUCUCAGUCAGUCGACCCGUGGCACCCGCUGGGUCUGUCCCGUGACCCCCUGCCAGCGAGCCGUUCGACACUUCACGUGGCCUUAACGUGCACCUAGCUUGGCACAAGCGCCGUGGUGACGUCUCCGCCACUUAGUGGCGAAUGGCGGUGGUUUUUGGUGGUGUCAGAGGAGACCUCGCAGCGACGGUGGGACCAGUUUGACACCUGCCCGCGCGCGCGUGUGCCUAGCAGGCGCAGUCGAGGCUUCGACGCCUCGACUGCGGACAAGACAAAAGCAGAAGGAAAAAAAACACACCAAAAAACGCAGGACCCUUCUAUGAAAUGUGUUUUUAUUAAACUGUUUUUUGUUUGACUACGUUUUUUUUUGUGUGUGUUAGACCCGAAAACAACUUGCGCAUUUAUUGUUAAUACUGCGUACUAUAUAUCUGAAUGUUAUCCGUAACAAUACUGUAUCCUUUAAACGUUUUCUGUGUUUGUUACGCUUUUUUAUCAUCAUCAUUAUACGGCUGUUAUAAAUUUACAAA